CGCGUUGAUUAAGCACUCGGCCGGUGUGGGCACACCUGUAUAUAUGGCACCUGAAAUUAACCUAGGUGUUAAAUACACCGGCAAAGUUGAUGUGUUUAGUUUGGGUAUCGCCGCACACGAACUGUUUGGUUUGGACCCUGAUGAUGUAAACGAUAUGGAUGUCUACUCUAACCAUGUAUUUCAUAAAAAUAUAAUAAAAUUGGAGCAAUUGUUGACAACGAUGGUCGAUAUGAAGCCCCACCGGAGACCCGAUUUAUAUUAUUAUGUGGCGUCGGCGGUGACGGCCAUAACGGGCGCAAAACGUGCGCCAAAUGUGAUAUUGUUUGUGGCCGACGACAUGGGUUGGGCAGACGUGGGCUAUCACUCCGACCACAUCCUCACACCUAAUAUCGAUAGUCUGGCCGCCGAUGGAGUCCUACUCAACCACUUCUACGCCCAACCCAUAUGCAGCCCGAGUAGGGGUGCGCUCCUGACGGCCGUACAUCCCAUACAUCUGGGCCUUCAAAACUCUAUCAUUUACACCCAAUCCCCGACUGGCCUACCAUUGGAACGGAAUAUAUGGCCCCAAUAUCUCAAACAACGUGACAAUUAUGCCACACAUAUUGUU